CAGCCAAUGGCUCUCACACAUGGGCAGGCCCUGAGCCUGGAGACCCACAGACACACUUGGAGGAUUUUACGGAAAUCAGUGGGCCAGCUGACUCUGAGGAGGAGGCCGACGAGCUCUGAUGCGCGGCCCCCCAGCGCCGCAGACAUGGCCAACAGGACCAACGCCUCCGCCCUGUACUACAGCUAUGAGUACUACCUGGAUUACCUGGAUCUCAUUCCGGUCGAUGAGAAGAAGCUGAGAGCCAACAAACAUUCGAUUGUCAUUGCCUUCUGGGUGAGCCUGGCUGCUUUUGUGGUGCUUCUCUUCCUCAUCCUGCUCUACAUGUCCUGGUCAGGCUCCCUGCAGGCGCGGAACAGCGCCCAGCACCACUCCACAUGCUCCUGGAGUCACGGCCUCCACCUCCCGCUCUGCGUCCGGAGGCACCGACUGCGUCACAGCACUCCUCGGGCAACCCCACAGGCUCCACCGAGCUCAGUCAAGGAAGCAGGCAGCAUAGCAUCUGGCCCCCACCAGCAGCUGCAGCAGGAGAGCCCGUCCACCUCGCCCCCCACCACUCCCCAGGCCCACCCUGCUCUCCUCUGAGAACUGGCCCUCGAUGGGGACCCCCAUGGCAUCAGCUGAUGUCAGUAACAAAGCCCAGGGAGCCUCCCCUUGGAGACAGAGCCUCUCAACUGCAGAACUGACACCAGAAAACCAUGGCCAUUGCCGAGUCAACCGGUGAACUCAAACCAACCUGGACACACACGUGCCCUCGGGAAACUUGUUUACACGUAGCAGGAAGUGCAACGAGGUCAAGAACUCCACACGGAGGCACACGACAUGCAUUUAUCCAAGGCUCCCACAGCCCAUUUAGCACAGAGAAGUAGCCCCGAACACUGCAGAUUUUAUUUAGUGCACUAAACCUCCUGAUUUACUACCUAUGUUCGCUUUGGGAAAGGUAGAAAAAUAAAAUAUACAUAAGAUGAAAAAAUAUUCACUCACUAAUCUUUACUACGCCACUUUUUAGCUUCAACUAUUACUACUGUGAUGUUUCAUCGAGCUUAAGUUCACUUGGCUGAUCUGCACCUUUUUCAGGACGUCCAGGGAGGGCCUAAGUUUCCCAUCCAACCCCCACUAACGCCCACCGUUAACCAAAAUGGGACCUUGUGUGUCCUGCCAGGCCAGCCAACUGCAGUCAAGGGACCCAAGUCACACUUCUGACCUCCCCAAAGCCUUUCCAAGACAGAACCCAAGGACACCUCUCCCCUGGAGGGGGCAGCCAGGCUCAGCAGGCAUGGCCUAAGCCUGAGGGGGCAGAAUCGGCCUCCAAAUGCUGCCGCAGAGCAUCUCUAAGCUGGUAGAAAAGGUCCCAUCCUGGGUGUGACUUCAUGUGACCUCUGCUCUGAGACCCUCAAAGAUCUGGUCCUCUAGUGCCCAACAGCCUGCCCCUGGCAGGCAGGCAGGCAGCCCCACACUACAAAGCCCAUAAAACCCACUAGGGGACAGAAAAAUCAUUCCCCAAGGUGAGCGCCGGGUUUGGCGCCAGCAGACUCGGGGGCAGUGGGUUAGGAGAAAGCAAGGGGAGCCUGAGCUGCAGAGAUGCAAAAACGGGGAGAGAAAGGAACACGUGGCCUUUCCAGCUUGAAUCUACCUGUAGGACUCCGACU